CCCCCCCUUUCCUUUUUAACACUCAAUUCAAUUCAAUGGAUAUCGAUAUGAUCACCAAUCUUCACUCUGACAUCAUCAACUCCCACAUCCUCACCCGCCUCGACGGCCCCACCCUCGCCUCCGCAGCCGCCUCUUCCUCCCACCUCCGCCGUCUCUGCACCCAGCACCACCUCUGGACCACCAUCUGCGCCUCCACCUGGCCCUCCCUCACCCACCCCCUUGCCGCACAUCUCAUCUCUACUCUCCCCAAUCAACACCGCUCCAUCUUCUCCGACUCCUUCCCCUCCCUUCACCCAUCCGCCCUCCAUAACAACCAAAAACCACCGCCAUCGCCCUCGCCAGAACUCAUCUCCGCCGUUGACAUCUACUACAACGGCAAACCCGUCUUUUCCCGCGUCCACCGCACCGAAACCCAAAAGGGAUGGUUCCUCUGCUCCCCUCUCUGGAUCGAUAUACUUGAACCCAACGAGACGGUUCCCACGCCAUUGAAGUUCGCCAAAAGUGAAGACGACGACGACUGGCUCAGGCACGUCCAGGAGAAUCUGGAACUCAGCUGGAUCCUAAUCGACCCGAGCCUGAAGCGCGCGGCCAACCUGUCGAGCCGGAGGGCGGUGUCUGCCCGGCGGCACUGGCUGACCGGAGAGGCGGAGGUUGUGUACGCCGUGGGCGUGGAGGAAGGAGGGGCGCAGUGCGCCGUGAAGGUGACAUGCUGCGGAAAAUCGGGCGGGGAGAUGCAGGUGAGGGAGGUGAGUUUGACGAUGGAGGACCUUGAUGGGCGGCACGUGAUGGGGAGGGACAGCAUGGUAAUUUUGCAGAGGGCGAUGGAGAGUAGUAAGAGGAAGAAGGUGGAUGUGGUAGAAGCCAAGGAGAGGUAUGAAAAGUUCUGUGAUACGAAGAUUGAGAGGAGAGAGAUGAGGAUCAAGAGAGAGAAGACUAUGGACACUGUUGCCAUGUUCGUGGCUUUCACCGUCUUCGUUACCUUGUUUUGCUUCCUCAGGUUCUAUGUCUGUGUUUGACUAUUUAUUAUUUCUUCAUUCUUUUUUUCUUUUCUUUUCACACAUACAAAUGUAAUACUACACUAAUGCAAUAAAAAUUUACAUUUCUGAA